AUGUCACAAGUUUAUCGCGAGCGCGAUGUGCGCUAUACAAGAGAUGAAAGCCCCUCGUCCGACGACGAGAAGUACAAAAGUACGACCGUAAGACGGUACAAGGUUGCUGGCGGAAAGUCUGGUAAUAAGAUUGUGGAACGAGAUCGCAUCGAGCGUUAUGAGGAAGAUGAUGAUCGCAGAUCAAGAUAUUCUCAUUCCCACAAAGGUCGCUCUCCCGACGAGGUGGUAGAAGUCGAUCGCAUCGACCGCCGUAUUGAAAGAACUCCCUACCCUGAUCCACCGAGAUCGGCUUUCGAUCCGCCCGACCGAUACAGAGACUUCGAAUACGAGCGUGAAGUAGAUCGGGAACGGGAUCAGUAUCCUGAGCGACACUCUCGCACUAGAGUUGUCGAGGAGAUUAAGGAGACAUCUACCUCACCCCGUGACAAUUAUUGGGACCGUCGACAAAACUAUCCGUGGGAUGACACGGACGUCCGCCUUGAUAAACGUGUGGUGCGCCGAGACGGCGACGGCGACGUGAAAAUAAAGGAAAAGACUGUGGAAGAACAUAGAGACGACUCUCGCGACUAUAGAGAGCGCGACUGGAAGGUCGAACGCCGCGUUGUCGAAGAAAGGGAACCGCCGCGUGACGUCGAUGUUGAGCGAUACAGGAAAGAGGUCGAGUAUUAUGCCGCACCCUCCCCACCUCCCGCCCCUGUUAUCAUUCGUCAAAAAGCUCCCGAGCAGAAGGUUGUUAUCCACGAAGCUGCUGCGCCGGCUCCUGUAUUCCUUCCACGUCAGGAACCCACAUAUAUCGUCCUAAGAGAUGAACACCGCGAAGUCGCGCCGCCACGCCGAGAGGAGGAAGAGCAUCACCGACGACGCCGUGAUGAGAGAGAAUACGAAAGUGACGGAUAUGACGAAGAUUACUAUGUUAAGCGAACCAUCAUAAGACGAGACCGUAGUUCAAGCGCCGACCACAAAAAACGUCAUCUAGCUGAAGGUGCCCUGGCCGGUGCCGGUCUUACUGCCCUAUUAUCCGGCCGUGGUAACAAGGAUACCGGUUACCACGAACACCGAGGCCGCAAGGUUCUUGCCGGUGCCGCUUUGGGUGCUUUGGGCACUGAAGCUAUGCGUCGUGCCAAGAGCGCGUACGAAGACAGACAUGACGACAGAUACGAAGAUGACUAUGACGACGGUUAUCACCACCAUCGUCAGCGUAGCAAGUCGCGCAGUAGGCUAGCAACUGGCUUAGCGAUCGGUGCCGCUGCUCUUGCUGUCGCUGGUGGCCUGAAGUAUAUGCAAAACAAUAAGAUCGAGAAAGAAGAAGCUCACCGUGGACGCGCGCGGCGUCGGUAUUCUGCGGAUUCUUACUCGAGGUCCCCAAGUCGGUCAUCGCGCCGCUCCCGCAGCCGUAGCAAGUCGAAUUCGAAGGCGGCCAAGGCAGCUCUAGCGACAAGUGCUCUCGCUGGCGUAGUGGAGCACUACAGAUCUAAAUCUCGCGGAAAAUCUCGGUCGAAGUCUCGUCUCAGGACAGGAGCUGAAAUUGCAGCUGCUGGGUUGACCGGCGCUGCAGCGAGCAAGAUAUGGGAUCGCCAUAACGACAAGAAAGAACGCGAACAUGAUAGGGAAUUAGAUGAAGAAUAUUCUGACAGAGAUCAUGAUCGAGGCUACUCAAGGAGCCGAUCCCGAUCCCACUCCAGGUCUCUUAGUCGCCAUUCGCGUUCCCGAGACUCCACGGCUGAUAAAGAAUUAGGCCUGGUACCUUAUCCCGGCGUUGAAUACGGGAGUCAACCUCUCGAGGAUCACGAGUCGGCGAGCGGAGAACCACGACGCCGCACUCGCCAUCGUCGCCGGUCAACUUCCGCGACAUCUGAUCGAGAGACACGUAAGAAGAGGAGUCGGAGCACGCUCCGUGAUGUUGCAGCUGCUGGGCUUGGCACUGCCGCUGCCGCGAUAGGCCUCAAGAAAUAUAACGACCGUCAGAAGAGCAAAGAAAGAGAAAAGGAUCGGGAAAAGGAUCGGGAAGAUAAAGGUUAUGAAGAAGAAGCGCCAAAUCCAUAUUACUAUGGCGAUGAGGUGCCACCAUCUCCGCCUCAUGCGUCAGGCGGUGCUUAUUAUCCUCCCCCGCCUCAGGAACCCACCGGACCACCGCCAGCCGGUCCUGGUGGGUUCAUGUAUCAUCCUAACCCAUCUACAACAAAUUUCAACGCCUACCCUCCGCACCAGCCAUAUGACCCUCGCGACUACAUAAACCAAUCUCCCAUGAACCUCCCACCGCCACCCCCUGGACCUCCACCAUCCGGGCCCCCACCCCCAGGCUCGGGUAACCGUCCCGGGCCAGAAAAUGUGAGUCGUCCACGCUCUGGUGACAUCCAAUCCCAUCCCGAUGCCUCUCGGAGCCCGGCUACUGAGCAGGAUGGUUUAAAUUACCAACAGCGAUCGCGUUCGCCCUCUCCCAGCCCCAAGGAAGUCAAAUUCGGCCCCUUAUCGCCCAAGUCCCCUCAAACUCUCCGAAGACAUCGCCGGACUCUUAGCCGACCACUAGAUGAAGAUGCUGUUGAUGAAGAGCUUGCUCGUCUUACCCGACCCCGGAACUCUAGACAACGGUCGGGCUCGGAACCGCAUUAUGAUCGUCCACGCGUCCAACGACGCAGAAGACGUGGUGACCAAUCGCCGGCCUCUGAUGAUGGCGAUGUCGAAUACUUACCUGACCGUUUCGAUCCUUCUGGCCGACCGCUCGACAACGAUACUAAUACGCUUAGCGGAAUCCCAAGGCAAGGCUCUUUCGAGUACCUCCCGCGCGACGAUAAUGACUGGCAUAUCCGCGGCGCGUGGCGGACGCUCGGAAAUCCGGACCCGACGCUCGUUAGCGAACUCGCGCAGACUUUUGGCGGGCUGUUGCAGCCCAGGGGCGGGUUGUUGGGGAUGCUUGGGCAUGCGCUAAAGGAGGUUUAA